AUGGGGGAGCUGCCCUUCUCCGCCCUGGUAGCGCUGAUUGCGUGCAUGGGGCCUGAGCCCGGAGAAAGGUUGCUCCACUUGGGCAGCGGCAAUGCUCGCGCUGUCGGUGCCUGGGUGCUUCUUGUGCCGCGAGGCAUCGCCUGCGGGGUGGAGCGGUCUGCGGGCCUCCACAAGGCUGCCUUGGCGUCCGUUGAGCGCCUCGAGUCGGAGGUCCAGCAGAGGAUCUUGCUGCACCAGGGCGACCUUUUCGACAUGCAGUCGGAUUGGCCCCAGGCCAGCUCCAUCCUCCUGGGGUCUGAUGCCUUGGAAGAGGCGGUGGUGGAGAAAGUGGCGGCCGGCCUGCAGAGGACUCAGCCCGGAACGCGCAUCGCUGCCAUCGGCAAGCCCUUGGGUGAUCCCGGAGGUCACUACGGCCUUGAAUUGGUGCGCCAGGUUCCAUAUCGAACGGUGGGCUCUGGCAACACGCUGCUGUGCACGGGCCGGAGGGACGUUAAGCUGGCCCAAAAGAAGGGCACGGAGCACCUUGGCGAGCUCGCGGGCUUCGCAGCUGUUGGCUCCUCAAAAUCGGAGCAGAUCGGCACGAACCGCACGGGGGAGAUGGCGCCUCGGGUGGAGGCUUCCCGGCGCAACCCGAUCAGCUCAGUGCUGAUUUUCGCGGCGGCGUGGUGGGUCGUGGAGAUCUGCAGCCCCACGGCUAUCCCGCGGGAUGUGGCCUUGGUCGUGGCGGGCGAGGCCGAGCCGGACACCGACAGCUUCUUCACCAAGGUCUUUGCUGCGGCGGCGCAGGGUUGCACGGCCGCCUUGGUUGCUGCCAUCCUCUCUGCGUGCGCUGAGCCAUUGGUGAAUCGGCUGCUGGUGAAGCGAAUGACGGUGAGCCAGGCCUACCAGGAGAUGAACUUCAACCUCGUGGCCAACUUCUUCCUUACGACUUUCCCCACCAACAUGCUGAAGUUCCCAGUCUUCGAGGUGAUCAACCGCGCGAUGAUGUACACCAACCUGCCGCCCAGCGUGAGCGGAACCAUCAGCGGCUGGCUGUUCUGCACCGUCAUGCUGCCUGUCACCAACUACCGCUUCCGCAAGAGCAUGGGCUGGGAGAUCAAGGCAUCUCUCCUGUACCAGGCCUAUAUCCCCACAGUGGCCCGGGACAUCAUCUAUGGCUGGGCCCGUGGUUUGGUGGGCAACUGGCUGCAGGACAGUAUUGCCCCCACUGAGUUCAACCACAAGGCCAUGGUCUUCGGCCUCACCAUCUGGGCUUCUUGCAUCAUCUCCUCCCCGUGCAACGAAUGGCGCGGAUUCACUCUGCAGCCCAAGGACAAGAAGCUGCCUUUCAACAUUUACUUCAAGCCGAUCAACUACGCCCGCUCCACAGGCAUUGGCUCCAGUAUCAUGGGGGUGGCGCUGAUGUUCGGCAUGAUGGUCACGCCCUACGCUGAAGAAGCGUUCGGGUACAUGAAGGAGCACGUUGCCCUGGGCGUGGCGAUCGGAGUGGUGCUGGUUGCCGGCAUUUUGGCGGUCAUGAGGUGAUCAGAGUGCCGCAAUCCGAAAAGGUUUUGGCUGGCGGGCCUAGGGUGCUGGGCCCCGCAGCGAACUUCUCCAGAAGCGUUGGGAACGAUGAGCAGCAGGGUAUUUCAGCCCGUGCCACUCCCUGUGUCGCUAGAGAUAAAGUGUGUUAUAGUUUUCACAGAGAAGCUGCAGACAAGCCUCAUGGCUGAAGAAAGCUCCGCUCACACCAUUUGUCUAGAG